AUGGUUGAAGCAAUCCAAUUCCGCGGCACCCCCUCCGGGCAGAUAAUCCAAACGAGAGCAACUCUCCCUGACAUCAAGCCUGACGAAGCGCUCGUAAAGGUCACCCACAGCGGCCUCUGCGGGAGUGACAUUCACCAGCUCAAGAAGCCUUUAGUUCUUGGCCACGAGGGGAUUGGCAUCGUCGAGCAAGUUGGCUCGGCGUGUACCCUCAAGCCGGGAGAUAGAGUAGGCUGGGGACCAUUGAAUUCGACAUGCGGCCGCUGCAGAAUGUGCCACACCGGCCAGGACAACUACUGUCCAGAGAUGAGGGCAUAUGGCUCAACUGAUUACGAUAUUCAAGGCUCUAUGUGUAGCUAUGCCGUGCGAAGAGAACAGUGGCUGUUCAAGAUCCCGGAUAGUCUUGCUCCAGAAGAUGCUGCCCCGCUGAUGUGCGGUGGUGGCACAGUCUGGAUGCCGCUAAUUGACUACUGCAAACCAUAUGAUCGCAUUGGAAUCGUCGGAGUUGGCGGCCUUGGCCACCUGGCCAUCCAACUAGCCGCUAAAAUGGGCUGCGAUGUCGUCGUCUUCUCAUCCACUGAUGACAAAAAAGAGGAAAGCAAGAAACUCGGCGCAAACGAAUUCUACGCUACAGGAGGCGUAUCAGACUACUCCACGCUCGGGGUCACAAAGCCCAUUGAUCGGCUCCUCAUUACGUCUUCGGCAAAGUUCAAUCUUGGUCUCUUCUAUCCGAUCUUGAGUCCGAGUGCUAGUAUAUUUCCUCUUUCUGUGGACGGCGGAGACUUGAGGGCACCGUACAUGCAAACUGUCAUGUAUGGGCGUAAGAUUAUAGGAAGCUGCAUUACGCCUAUCUUGGCAAUGUGA